AUGUCGGGUCGAAACUUUUGGGAGAUUGAUGAGAAAAAGGCGACAUCAUGGACAUGGUGCAGUCUAUUAAAACUGAGACCUCUUGCAGCUCUGUUCCUGCGGGCUGAACUGGGUAACGGUGCAACUAUCAGUUUCUGGUGGGAUCAUUGGACUCCUCUAGGGCCUUUGAUAAAGCGUUUUGGUCUCAGGGGUCCUCUUGAGCUUUCUAUUCCAAUAAAUGCAGUUGUCUCAGAUGUUUAUGUAGAGGAAGGUUGGCGUCUUAGGGGAGCGCGCUCUCCUGCUGCUGAGGAGCUCCAAAUUCAUCUUACCACUAUCAACCUGGCCCAACCAUCCCAAGUUUCAACCAAUGAAGACUCUUACUACUGGGAGAUUGCAGGGUCCAAGACCAAAGGUUUCUCAACAAAGGAGACUUGGGAGGUACUCCGUCCACGCGAGCAGGUAAAAGAUUGGGCCGCAUCCAUCUGGUUUAAAGGUGCUGUACCACGACAAGCUUUCACUCACUGGGUUGCUCAGUACGAUCGUCUCCCUACAAGGGAAAGAUUGAGACCAUGUUUUCCUGAGAUGCAAUUGGUCAGAGCAACUCUGGAAUAUGAUCCUGCGAAGGUUGGGCCUAAGACAACUAGCUUUCCACACAUGGACGGCGUUCUCGGAGUGGCUUAA